CUUAAAUAGGGGAUGAGAGACGCGGUUUGAAUAAGGAAAGUAGUAGGAGACUGAGCAUUUUGAGUAUACACAAGAGCGUGGUUUAUUUGUUUUUUUUACUAACCACAAUUAAUCGUUGAGUUGUAGAUUCUGAUCGAGAAAGAAACCGGCAUCAGAAGAACUUGUUUUUGCUUGCUGAUUUUCCAUAGAGCUAUUCUUAAAGGCAACUUGGUGCCUAUUGCAGCUAUUCUUUGACAGAUUUAAAUUAGAUCAAGUUAGUUCUUCCUUCUCAUUUAUCACCAAUAAGGAAUGCCAAGAGAGCUUACCCAGAACAGGAUCCAAAAAAUCUGGAUUCCGUCUAAGGAUGAUAAACCAGCGGUACCUCGAAGAUGUACGGGAGGCCCCCACCUCGCCAACCCCCCCACUGUGAUCGUGAUGGUCGGCCUGCCAGCGCGCGGCAAGACCUACAUGUCCAGGAAACUGACCCGCUACCUCAACUGGAUCGGGCUGCCCACUAAAGUGUUCAACGUCGGAGAGUAUCGGCGGGAGGCCGUGAAGCAGUACAGCUCUUACGACUUCUUCAAACCCGACAACCAGGACGCGGUGAAAAUCAGACAGCAAUGUGCCUUGGCCGCUCUGAGAGACGUCAAGGCUUACCUGACAGAAGAAGGUGGCCAGAUCGCUGUCUUCGAUGCUACCAACACAACAAGGAACAGAAGGGACAUGAUCUUGAAUUUCGGCAGUGAGAAUGGAUUCAAGGUAUUUUUCAUUGAGUCGGUGUGUGAAGACCCUAGCGUCAUCGCGACCAACAUCAUGGAAGUGAAGGUGUCCUCUCCGGACUAUCAGGACUGCAACAAGGUGGACGCCUUGGAGGACUUUCAGAAGAGGAUCGAAUGCUACCGGCAGUCAUACGAGCCUCUGGACCCGGACCAGUACGACAGGAACAUGUCUUUCAUCAAGGUCGUCGAUGUCGGCCGACGGUUCCUGGUGAACCGCAUCCAGGAUCACAUCCAGAGCAAGAUCGUGUACUACCUGAUGAACAUACACGUCCAGUCACGCACCAUCUACCUCUGUCGCCAUGGCGAGAGCGAACACAACCUGCAGGGCCGACUGGGCGGAGACUCUGGCCUUUCGUCCCAGGGUAGAAAGUUUGCCCGAGCCCUGUCCACGUUCGUGGAGGAGCAGAACCUGAAGGACCUGCGGGUCUGCACCAGUCAGCUGCGCAGGAGCAUCCAGACGGCCGAGGCGCUGGGCGUACCCUACGAGCAGUGGAAGGCUCUCAACGAGAUCGAUGCUGGUGUGUGUGAGGAGAUGACCUACGACGAGGUGAAGGAGAAGUUCCCGGAAGAGUUUGCUCUGAGAGACCAGGACAAAUUCUACUACCGUUACCCCACGGGAGAGUCGUACCAGGACCUGGUCCAGCGGGUGGAGCCGGUCAUCAUGGAGCUCGAGCGGCGGGAGAACGUCAUGGUCAUCUGUCACCAGGCCGUCAUGCGCUGCCUGCUGGCCUACUUCCUGGACAAGAGCGCAGAUGAGAUGCCGUACCUGAAGUGCCCCCUCCACACAGUGCUGAAGCUCACCCCCGUUGCUUAUGGAUGUAAAGUGGAGUCGAUCUCACUGAACGUGGAUGCUGUGAACACGCACAGGGACAGGCCUGAGCAGGUCCAGAAGAGCCCCAUCACGCUCAUACGGCGGAACAGCAUCACGCCGCUGACCAGCCCCGAGCCCUUCAAGAAGCCGCGCUUCGACCUCCUGGACGGUCGCUCCAUCCCUGAGGUCGCCCCCGCCCCCCUGUCCCGCUGCUCCACCUCGCCCCUCCCCUUGGCCCACCUGGGACAGCUUCAGCUUGGUAGAGUUUAUCUAACCUGAAGCGAUGUGCCUCGGAUCUCCACGAGCUUUUCCAGCACUACCACUGAGGCCCAUCUCCACAUCACCAUCACCGUCACCUGACUUUGCACACAGGAUGUGUCGGAACAUUGAUUUUUCAGUUUUAUUCUGGCUGGGCUUAAUCUCCGGGGAUCUCUGUUUGGGAUGAAUUGCUGCCCUGAGCAUGGUGGCAAGGUGAUCGUUUUUCUACAGUCCUGUAAAUGAAUGUCUCGCUGUAAUCUGUAAGUGCUUAUAGUACACGUGCACACCUUUGUGUUCCUGUAAAUAUCCUCCAUCAUCCAAGAUUCAAUUUGUAAGUAGUGUAAAGUUAAAAUGAAUGGGAGUGGAAAGGGAGUUUUUAUUAUAUGUAAAAAAUGUAAAACAGGUUGUGUUUUUCUUUUUAUUUUUAAAUUUAUUUAUUUUUUGUAAUGGAAGUUGAAGUCUCACUCUGAUUAAUUGAAAUGUUAUAGCCUUCACGAACUAUGUAAACAUUUGAUCUUGCGUGGUCUCUCACAGAACAGCAUUUUCAAAGGUGUAACAGUUAUUUCUGAUAUUUCUUCUUUUCACACAGGAUAGGACAGCGAUUUGCCUCAUUUCUGUUAUAAUUAUUUUCCAGCAUUUCACCAUAUUUUUUUAGGCAACUUAUUCCUGUCCUGGUUAGAGGUGCUUUAGUGUCAUCAUGGUGUUAGAGGAAGUGUUACUGUGGCAAACAAGUGCAAUGCCGAAACAGUUGAGACUGGUUUGUCUAAAUGUCUAAAUCUCCUUCACCAAGGUUUUUGCUUCCUCUUCUGUGAGAGCUGGAUGAUGUGAAAUCAUACACAGAUCUUAAAAGCUUGCAGAUUCAUUGAUUCAGAAGCCGAUAGCAUGCAAGCUUCACACAGUUUUUUUUUCUCGACUGCGAAGUUAAAUUUGCAUGCAUUUUGUUGCACAGUAUCAAGCAAACAUUGGCCCUAAAUGCACAUGUUAUUUAGAGAAUGAAGUAAAGUAGUUUUUAAUUUUUAUAUUUAUUUGAAAAGAUUGUACUUUCAUGUUUCUUUUUUACUGGAUAUAUUUCAAUUUAGUUUUGUCAUGAAUGUUGUUGAGAUUUAUUCUCUGCCUUGUAACUGGUGAAGGAUUUCUGAGCAGUUAAAUAAGAACUUAUUCAGUCCCGUUUGUGGUUUGGGGAAUUUAUUAUAAACUAUUUUGUGAUAUGCAAGUUCUCUGAAACAUUUUCGGUGCACAUGCAUAUUCGUCAACAUGUUUCAAAUGGCAAUGAAACAUUUCAACCUGUCUUCUGCACUGUGUAAUUAUCAGAGUUAACAAGUCUUAAUAGGGUGAACCACCUUAAUGCUUGUAACUUGAAAAACCACAAAAAAAAGAAAAACAUACAUGUUUAUUCAGUGUUCUCAUUAUUAUUAUUGUCGUAGGAUGAUGAAUGUGUUUGGAUUAAUCUUGUAAUGAUAUGUAUGUUUGGAAGGUAUGGAAAUGUACUACCCACAGUGCCUGCUCCAUUUCUUGCACGGUCAGCGAGUCUUUAAUGAGAUUUCACACUUGGAAUGGGAGACAGCACUUCUCUGAUCUUGGAAUAUCACUGAUCCUUAUUCUAGUAGACUGCUCUGGCAGUCUGUCACUACCUUGUCUUCACUUUUAAUUACUAAUUUUACAGUUAAUUUAAUUCUAUUGUUAUUUUUACUUUUCUUAAAGUGCUGUCAAAGCUUAGCAUCAUGGGUAUAGACUACGGAUCACUUUAAUUUGCUGUAGUGUACAGAACCAGUUAUGUUUUUGUAUAAUCAGAAUGUGUUGACAAAAUGAUACAACCCAUGUAUGAGUGAAUGUUAACAAGAAUAUGCUUAUAUUCAAAAUUGCAUAAAUUUAAAUUCACUAAGAAAUCAUUUGGUCACAUGAUUUGAAGGACAUUUUAUCACCUAGUUUUUUUCAAGUAAACUGACAAGAAAAAUAUUUUGUUUUGUUGUAUUUAUUUGCUGCUAGUACUUGAAUAAUGGCUUGAAUUAUUUUGCAUAUAUUUUUUAUUUAUUAUUCUUUGGAGAAACUAUUUGUGUAAAGAUUUGUAAAAGCUUUUCAUCAUCAGCCAGCAGAUACUGGUCAAAUGUACCAAAGUAAUAACUUUCUAUUUGCUACACUUAAAGUAGAGGUUGCUCUUAACAAAUGUUGCACCUUCAUUUUGAAAUAUGUACCCUAUUGCAAACUUUGUAUUUGGCUCUCCAGGGAAAAGCUGUAUUGGAGUGGAUUUCACACCAAGACAACCUUAUUUAAUAUGUGAACUAUUAAGACCCUUUCUGUAGAAUUGUGACAUCCUGUUUCAUCUUUUUUGUUGUUUUUUUUAAAUUUUUUUUACUGUCUGUAUUUUUGUGUGAAUUGCACACAUUUGACUAACAAAGAAUGCCUUUUCAACAUGUAUGUCCUUUGAUUUUUCUGGACCAAUAAAUUAUCUGAAAGAGAAA